ACGAUCUAUCAAGGGCAGCUAGAGGUCCACGAGAAGGAUCCUUGAAAUUGGCCUAUAAAAAGGUAUAUUAGUCAGAUGUUGAUGAGCAUAGCACCAUUCAGAUUAACAAAUCCAAGAGCGUGCAGACAAGGAGAUAAUGAAGUCUAUCUCUGCAUUCUUGCUUCUCUUUUCUCUGUUCCUGCUUGUGCUUGUCAACCUCAGCGAUGCCAGAAGAGACCCAGGAGACUACUGGAAAAGCAUAAUGAAAGACCAACCCAUCCCAGAAGCAAUCAAAGGCCUUUUGCAUCGAGAUCUUCCAUAUGCCUCUGACGCCAGGGAAAAUGUUCAUUUUCUUAAAGAUUUUGACGUUACUCCUAAUGCUAUUAUAUAUCAUGCCCACGUUGAGGAUAAAGAAGAGAAGAAGCCAGCUUUUGUCGAGGACUUUGAACAAAAGAGCCACACAGAGCUGAAUCUGUUCUAGGGCUGAAUCUAUAUUGGCUGGUUUACAAUAUCUUGCUCUGUUGUUGAAAUAUUAGCAAUAGUUUCUAUAUAAUGGUCUUUGGCAAAGUUUCUUUGGAGCUUUUAGUUCUCUUUGCAAGAUUGUGAAAAUCCUUUAGAAAAGCUAUAAAUCCUGAAAAUAAUUCAAUACUAUUAUGAAUGUUAUUCUUCCCAGAAAA